UAUCAUUGUCUUCCUAGGUACCAACUUUCACCAGUUCCAGUUCCAGUUCCAGUUCCCCAAACAAGUCUGUCAUCUUCUUCCCUUUCAAUUCACUCCUUCAAUUUAUUCCUCCUUUCUCACUCAUUCCCUUCCACUCCAAUCUUGGAAUCCAUGAGCUUCGACCAAACCCACAUCGUCAGCUGCUAAAUCCAACUCCAUCUCGCAAAAGGGUAGUUUCUUUUUUCUCAGUCGAAUGAUGGUGGAGACCUCAACGCUUGGGCGGUUCCACCACCAAAGGCUCGACUUCAAGCGCUGGUUUCCGGCAUUCUUGACAUCGCACAAGACCCUUUUCACCGUUCUCUGGAUCGCCGCUUUCGCCUCGGUUUUCCUCUGGCAGAGGAACAUAGUCGGUGGCUUCUUGGUCUUCGGCCGUGUUCCGGCGAGGCCGAUGCCGAAGCUCCGCCCGGUGGCUUUCAAUUUGACGGAUUUCGGAGGAGUGGGUGAUGGGGUUACUCUCAAUACUGAGGCAUUUGAGAGAGCGGUUUCUGCCAUUUCCAAAUUGGGGAAGAAAGGUGGGGCCCAGCUCAAUGUUCCUUCUGGUCGUUGGCUUACUGCACCGUUUAAUCUUACCAGUCACAUGACUUUGUUUCUAGCUGAAGAUGCUGUUGUGCUUGGCAUUGAUGAUGAGAAGUAUUGGCCACUGAUGCCUCCAUUGCCUUCAUAUGGUUAUGGGAGGGAGCAUCCUGGGCCUCGAUAUGGCAGUUUGAUUCAUGGUCAAAAUCUUAAAGAUAUUGUCAUAACAGGGCAUAACGGUACCAUAAAUGGACAGGGACAAGCAUGGUGGAAAAAAUAUCGCCAGAAGCGUCUCAACCACACAAGGGGGCCACUUGUUCAGAUCAUGUGGUCUAGUGACAUUGUGAUCUCUAAUAUUACUUUGCGUGACUCUCCUUUUUGGACACUUCAUCCGUAUGACUGCAAAAACAUUACUAUAAAAAAUGUUACAAUAUUGGCUCCUGUAUUUGAAGCUCCUAAUACUGAUGGCAUAGAUCCUGACUCUUGCGAGGAUAUGUUGAUAGAAGACUGUUACAUAAGUGUGGGAGAUGAUGCAAUUGCGAUAAAAAGUGGCUGGGAUCAGUAUGGAAUUGCUUAUGCAAGGCCUUCCAUGAAUAUAAUGAUCCGAAACCUUGUUGUCCGUUCUAUGGUCAGUGCUGGUGUCUCAAUAGGCAGUGAGAUGUCUGGCGGGGUUUCCAACGUCACGGUGGAGAACCUUUUUGUAUGGGAUUCCCGGCGUGGUGUAAGGAUUAAGACUGCAGCUGGACGAGGAGGAUAUGUGCGCCAAAUAACUUAUCGAAACCUAACGUUCGAGAAUGUCCGUGUUGGAAUUGUUAUGAAGACAGAUUACAACGAGCACCCUGAUGAUGGGUAUGACCCUACGGCACUUCCAGAAAUCAGAGACAUAAGCUUCACCACUGUCCAUGGCCAUGGAGUUCGUGUGCCGGUGCGUAUCCAUGGUAGUGAAGCGAUUCCGGUGAGAAAUGUAACUUUUCGCGACAUGUCAGUAGGGUUAACCUACAAGAAGAAGCACAUCUUUCAGUGUGCCUUUGUUGAAGGCCAAGUAAUAGGGACCAUCUUUCCUUCUCCAUGUGAGAACCUUGAUCGGUACAAUGAGCAAGGACAGCUGGUUAAGCAUUCUGCAUCCCAGAAUGUAACAGAUAUAGAUUAUGAUUUUUGAGGUGUCAUGUUAACUAAUUCCUGGUCUCUUGUUCCACGUAUUAUCGGGGCUCAAUUUAUGUCUGUUGUAUUUGAUCAGUUUUGUGGGGUUGGAGCAUUCAAUUCAUACUUUUUUUUUUUUUGCACCUUUUGUAAUUUCACUUCCUUGCUCCAUUUUAUAGCUUUCUGGAGUGGAGUAGUUGUAAAUACGGAAAAUUUUCAGAUGCUUAGAUAAGUUUAUUUGAUUACACAAAUACAUAGCCUAUGGUGUGAGCAUUUUACCUC